CGGGGAGCUUCACAAUCACAAAGCGGAAGAGUUGUGCUCGACCUUAUCAUCCUGUGCAGACUGGUCGCUGUGUGCGGGUAUGGGAAAUCGGGUUUCUGACUGUGAUCUGGUUCAUUUCCGUCGACCCAUCAGUUAAAGAAGCACCAUGGCCUCUGCCGAUAUAGACAUGGACAUCCAUGAGGAAGAUGUUCCAUUGCAAAAAGGAAGGAGACAACUUCCUUCCACGCCGUGUCUGGUCCGAUAUUACCAGGCUUCAGAGAUGCUGCCAGAUGAAAAAGGCCAAAUGCACAACUUGUUGCAGAAACAACCAGCUGUGUUGGGGUCUCUGCAGAUAAUGAGCGGCAUCCUCAGUGUGGGAGUGGGGCUUCUCUUUGCUGCAACACAGGAAAUGGGCCAGUCUCUUUUCACUAUGUUCAGAGUGUCACAGCUGACCGGAGUGCUUUUUGUAAUAGCUGGACUUGUUUCCAACCUGUUGUUCAAAUAUCCAGUGUUACUGACUGUUUCAUUUGCGGUUAACUGUGGCUGCAUUGUUUUUGCCCUUAUCGGAGCGAUCCUGAUAAGCGUCGACCUGUCUCAUUGGAAUAGAGAUAACGAUUUGUCUCUUAGAAUUGAAGUGAUGGGGCUGUGCGUGUUGGGACUCGAGUCUUUCCUCUCUGCAGUCCUUUGCAUCUGGUUCUUCAAAGAGAAAAAUGCUAAAUGAUAAAACUGCUUAAAUGUGUGUAAGUUACCUGUGUAUAGCUUUUUUGUGCAUAGAAAACUGGGGAACUGCUCGCUUUAGAGGAGACAGUGUCACCUUUUAUGCAUGUGUGGCUUUGUCUCCAUUGCUGAAGCAAAAGCCCCUGCAGCGUAGCCCGGGUUGUGGUCUGUGUCUCAUGUUUUGACACGGUUUGCAAAACACAAGAGCUGUGGUAACCAAAUGUCAGUUCCCCUCAUAUGAAGGCAAAAACCACACCUCAUCGUCCUCAAACUCUGCAUCUCUUUGGGUAACGGUA